AUGAAGCUUGACACGACUGGUCUUGAGUCGGCUCUGCCGCUGUUCGGUGCGAACUGCCAGAUGGUCGAUGGAUUCACCGCUGCUCCAGCUUUUGAACUUCCCACAACUCUUGAUUUCGAUGGUUUCCAGAAGGAGGCUAUACAGAUGGUGAAGCCGGCAAAGGGUACAACCACGCUGGCUUUCAUCUUCAAGGAAGGUGUCAUGGUGGCUGCGGAUUCUCGAGCCAGCAUGGGAGGCUAUAUCUCUUCUCAAUCUGUGAAGAAGAUCAUCGAAAUCAAUCCUUACAUGCUUGGUACGAUGGCUGGUGGAGCUGCCGACUGUCAGUUCUGGCACAGAAAUCUUGGUAUUAAGUGCCGUCUGCAUGAGUUGGCAAACAAGAGGAGGAUUUCUGUAACUGGGGCAUCGAAGCUCCUUGCUAACAUACUCUACUCUUACCGUGGAAUGGGUCUCUCAGUUGGGACUAUGAUUGCUGGAUGGGAUGAAACAGGUCCGGGUCUAUAUUAUGUAGAUAGUGAAGGAGGAAGGCUGAAAGGACCAAGAUUCUCUGUUGGAUCUGGUUCCCCAUAUGCUUAUGGUGUGUUGGACAGCGGGUAUCGGUAUGAUAUGUCAAUCGAAGAAGCCGCGGAGCUAGCUAGAAGAGCUAUAUACCAUGCAACAUUCCGUGAUGGAGCCAGUGGUGGAGUUGCCAGCGUUUAUCACGUGGGUCCGAAUGGAUGGAAGAAGCUAUCCGGAGACGACGUCGGUGAAUUGCACUACAAGUACUACCCGGUUACGCCCAGCACUGUGGAGCAGGAAAUGGUUGAAGUAUCUGCAGCAUGA